AUAUCCAACAAAUAGACAAGUGCACUAAAAAAGUAUUUUCUAAGUUGAAAGAUAUUGAAGAAAAAUUGAAAUAUUUAGAAAAAGAAAUCGAUAAGAACACAAAGAAUGUUAUGAGUUGGAGUACUAUUAAAUCAGUUCCAAUAUAUAGUAAUGAUAAAAUAAAAAAUGAAUCCGAAAUAGUGGACACUGAUCCAUUGAUGAUUGAUUCUAAUUCGAAAAACAGUCCGAAUGAUGAAUGCCUGAAUGCGGAUAAGGUACGAAACAGUAAUAAAGAAAAUAAAGAAAAUUCGACAUUAGAAAAGGUGAUAUCUGGAGGGAGAUAUUUUGAACUCAAGCACAUCACGAAUACUCAACUGAGCAAGGUCAAUGACAGCAGUAUAUCGAAGCUAACAUGUGACCUUCUCAGUUUAGUUUAUGAAAAAACGGAGUUAAGAAAUUCUAGUUUGACUGGAUCCAUAGCCAAUGCUAAUAAAUCCUCAAAUCUGGAUAAAAAAUCGACUGAGAAAUUAGACCCUGUUCGACUAAAAGCUGUAGAAAAUUUUAUUUAUGAGAAAUUCGGCAAGACAGACGACAAUACGAAAUUAUUCCGUAGUGCUGUCCGAAGCAAGUGCAACAAUGCCAAAAAAAAAGUGCCGGUUAAAAUAUAA